AAAUGAGAUGCAUAUUAGUUGCCUAAAUAGGAAAAAAGAAAGUUUAUGAGAAUAUAAACAAAAAUCAUAAAGAAGAUAUAAAAUUGACAACAUUUUACUAUUCUACACAUUGGUACUUUUUAUAAGAAAGGAAGAAAAUUAAAUAAUGUAACUGUGUGUAUGUGUGUGUAUUAAAUGUGGGGUAACACAUAUUCUUAUCGAUUUCAUAUGAUUGUGACUGUAAUUUACAAUAACGACCUCCUUAUUCUUAUAAAAAAGAGAUAUUCAAAGUUAUUAUUUUUUCCCUUUUUUUCGUCUUCUUUAUCUUCUUUAUUAUUACUAUUUCUUCUGUUGGUAAGUCAUUAAAUAAUACUAUUUUAUUCUUCUUCUUCUUCCCUGCCCUAGGAGGAAAUUCUUUUUCUCAUGGUUAUCACUUAUGUAACGCCUUCUGAAUCAACAAGACACCCUAUCUUGCCCUCCUUGAAUUAGGAGGACACUGUAGGGUAUCUUGUUGUUUCAGAGGGCGUUACAUAUUGUGCUAGCCAUGG